AUGAUUCGCUUUAUUCUCAUUCAAAAUCGACAAGGGAAGACACGGCUGGCGAAGUGGUAUGUGCCGUACGACGAUGCGGAGAAGGUUAAGCUGAAGGGCGAUGUACAUCGUCUCAUCGCACCACGAGAUCAGAAACAUCAGUCAAAUUUCGUCGAGUUUCGAAAUCACAAAAUCGUCUACCGCCGCUACGCCGGCCUCUUCUUCUGUAUCUGUGUCGAUACGAACGAUAAUGAGUUGGCCUAUUUGGAGGCGAUUCAUUUGUUUGUGGAGGUGUUGGAUUCGUUUUUCGGGAAUGUGUGUGAGUUGGAUUUGGUGUUUAACUUCUACAAGGUGUAUGCUAUUCUGGACGAGGUUUUCUUGGCGGGAGAGAUUGAGGAGACGAGUAAGAAUGUGGUGUUGGCACGGCUGGAGCAUUUGGGGCAAUUGGAGUGAAGCAUCAGGAGUCGCAAUUGAGAUACAGAGAAAUCUUUGCAUGGGCUUGGAUGAAGACGCACAACGGAGAAGAGUUUGAGGACUUGGAAAUGGUUUGGAAACGCGGUGGGUCGUUGU